UUUAUCACCUGAUAACACGUCUGAUAAUUCUGAUAGCGAUAGAGAGUUCCGCAGUAUUUUGUGCAAAAAUUAUAUCAACCAUGUACGGUUCUGUAGUGUUCGUCUUUCGUCCGACGGUUGAUCGUUUUGCGGCAUUUUGCUAAGUCCCAACUGUAUUUCACUUCACACUGCUUCGUCGGAUCACCGUCGUAACAGUUAAAUAUCAUCAUAAUUGCCGACAUCGUUUCUCGUCCGUCGUGUUCCGCGCACCACCGAUGGACCCGUGUCACCGACGUCGGAUGAAACGUUGGAUCGAUCAAAAACAAUGUUAGAACUCAGAGUGCCGAAAAAUGUUUAGUAAAAAAGUGCAAACAGAUGUGAAGAAAUCGGCACACAAAAUAUUGGACCCGAAAAAAGACACUGCCACGAGAUUCAAACAUUUAAAAUUUUUACUGGACAACAGUGAUGAAAAUGAAUCUAAACAUUUGUUUGAAAGUAACUACAGCAGUAUCUACCAGAUAUUUUAUGAAAGUUUUAUUAGUGUUGAAGCCAAUUUGAAACAAAGAGUAACUAAAAUUCAUAGAGAUGAACUUGAUACUAUUCUAAUAAUACUAGAAAAAGUACUAACAUUGUGUCCAGAAAUUGUAGCACAAAGAUGGCAAUGUCACAGUAUGUGUAUGAUCAUAACCAAACUAUUACAUCCAGAAAAUUCGUGGCGGUUAAGACGUGAUGGAAUAAAGUUUUUUAUCUUAUGGUAUCAAAUUUUGGGACAUAAUGCACCUGACUCGGUACAUGCAAUAUUUGCAACACUUGUACCCGGAUUUUUCAGUCCAAUACCUGAACAUGCUGGAUUGGCAACAUUGUGGAAUAAUUCAUCUUCAAUUAAUUUACAUGAAAAUUUGUUGAGUCCAGUUAGCACUGUAGAAACUAAUCUUUUAUAUGCACCACAAAUGGGUGAAAAGCAGCCAGAUGAUGUAGUCAAAUACUAUUUAGAAUCCCUUCUAGAAUUAAUGGUUAAUCAGGUUCCACGUAUAAUGUGGAAAGAUUUGAAAAACUGCCAUAGACGUUGUUUUAAUUAUUUAUUUGAAAAAUUCAAACAAUUUUAUUUACCUGCUAUUUUUCCGGAUUAUUCAACAGCUACAAAUGUUUACAAACCAACAACAGAUCUACCAGAUUGCUCUAAUCAAAAUAGAAAUGAUGCAAAUAGUAGUUGUAGAGUUUGUGUGAUAAAAUGGCUUGCUGGAUACACUCAAGAUAUUAAACAAAAACACUACCCAAAUAUUCCUUUGAUAUCAAAAUUUAUGGGAGAUAAAGCUCAAUUAGUAGCUUUUGAAAUUGUCAGGGAUACUUUAUACAAAUCAAGAGAAAAUGUGAAUUUAAUUCAUGAAAUAUUUCGUCAGGCAUUUUUAUUAAAUUUUAGUUGGGCUAUGGCAAUAAGAAGAACUAUUGCUGUGUACAAAGAUUGGAUUCAACUAAGUGUUCCACAACAACCCCCUUUCAUGUUAGAUCCAGAUGGAACAAAUGUGCAAAUGUCUAGUUUAGAUAAUAAUGCAGAAGAAAUUCCACCAGUUAAAUAUGGUGAUAUUAGAGCAGGAUUUCAGAAUGUUAUUCAAUUGUUUAUGACAAAUGCGUUGCAUGUCUUUGUGGCCCAAAGUGGUACUGAGUAUCCAAUGUUGUUGGAAGAACAAGUGGAUACCUGUAAACGAGUUUUAAAUAUUUAUAGAUAUAUGGUUAUGCAUACAUAUAUGUCUUUAAAAACUUGGGAACAGUUAUUAAAUGUUCUGUUAAGAAUAACUACACUUGUUUUGAAUAAAAAACCACCCAGACGAAAAGAAGACACCUUAUCUGGAAAAUUAGCUCCAGCAAUAUUUCAGACUUUGAUUGUAACAUGGAUAAAAGCUAAUUUAAAUGUACCUAUUUCUGAGAAAUUAUGGGAUCAGUUUCUAACAGUACUUUGUUCACUCACUCAAUGGGAAGAACUUAUAAAGGAGUGGUCGAAAACAUUAGAAACUUUAACAAGAGUAUUAGCUAGGCAUGUCUAUGGUCUGGAUUUAGCUGAUUUGCCAUUAGAUCGUAUAUCGGAUAAAAAGUCAAGGAGAAAACGUGGUAGUACUACACUAAACUCGGCAUAUAACAUGUGUAAUUUGUCACACACACGAGUUAACCAACAACGAGGUUCAGUGACAGACAAUCAAUCAGAUAAUACAAUUAAAAGACGAACACUUAUAAAGCGGUCAAGUAGUGAUUCAGAUAUAACAUACUGUUAUUUAUUUCAAAAAUAUAAUGAAACUGAUUCAAUUUUCAAUAUUACUGAAACACCAACAACAGAUGACCUUAAAUAUAGCUGGAAAGAUGAAAAAUCAUCAAAAUGUUUAUUUAAUGUACGAAAAUGUCAUUCUUUAGAAAAUUUAUCACAGCUAUUAAUGUUACGAAUGCGAGACACUUCAAGAUCACCCUCUCCAGUACCUUCGACUGGUAUGGAAAGUAGUUUAUUUAAAGAAGCACACAUGCAAAUAGAAAUUAUGUCAUCUCAACAUCCUUCUUCAGAAAAAGUAACCAAUAAAAAGUCAGUCAUGUCUGGUGGCGAUGUAAGAGGAUGGACACCUGAUGUUGCUGCAAUAUUAUGGCGCCGAAUGCUCAGUGCUCUUGGAGAUGUCAAUGCAUUAGAAAAUCCCUUACUUCAUGAACAAGUAUUUCAAUACUUACUAGACCUUAACACAACUAUGACCAAAAUAUAUCAAAACCAAGGAAUGGUAGAAGAAGAGACAUUUGUGUCUCUUGAACUAGUUCCACCGAUUUCUGUAAUUUCGCCUUGGUGUUUUCAGGCUCUGAAGUUACCAAAAGCUUAUAGAAAUGGUAAACUCCAUGCAUAUAAGUUAUUAUGUCAGAUGACAUUAAAUAAUAGAGAUAUGCCUCAGGGACAAAAAUAUGUAACACAAUUUUUUAAAGUUUUACAUUACGGUUUAACUUCUAGCGAUCAAGAAGUAGUUAACACUAUAUUAAAAAAUACUGGUUCUGAAUUUUUUUCUCACCAACUUCCUGGUUUUACUUUGCUUACAUUAGAUUUUGUACACGCUUGCAAUGAAGUUCUUAGUGGAACGAACGUUGUUUUGGCUCCACGUGCUGAAGCUGUAUCUAUACUAGGCUCUCUGUUAAGUUUCCCUUCAAACCUUACCAGAGUACCUUAUCUUAAACCAGAUUGUCAUCAGUUUGAUAUAACAUAUUGUCCUGAUAUAAAAGACACAGUAAUAACAAUUAUGUUGAAAGUAGCCAAGAGAGAACCAUCAUCAUUAGCAAGAUGUAUUUCUUUGUCAAAUUUGGGGAUUUUUAUAUGCCAAGAAUUAAGUAACAAUAGUAAACAUCCUUGUAUUAAAGAAGCAAUUAUCACAUUACUACAUGCCUUACAAUUUAAGAAUGAGAAAAUUUCCCAAGUAGCUUGUGACAAUGUUUUUCUGCUCUGUGAUUAUGUACCAGACUUGUUAAAACAUUAUCCUGAUAUUCCACCAAAAGUUCUUGAGGUAUUAUCUGCAACAUUAGCAAAUAUGUUACCAAUUGGUGACAGGAAUAAACGUUUAUUAACAUCUCUAGUAUUUUGUUUGGCUGAAUGGACAAUGUGUAUUCCUGUACCACUUUUAUUAGAGCUACGCCCUAAGCAGAGUUUAUCAAUGACUGUAUUUAUGGUUAUUGAUGCUUUGAGCAGAACAUGUAAUGAUAAAACAAUUGAACAUUUAAAAAAAGCAACAGAAGUAAAUUUAGAAUAUUCAAAUGAAUUUACAUUUGAUAUUACAUUAGACAAUUUAAAGUCUGGCGAGUCGAAAAGCAAUAAUAAAUUUGGUGAUCAUAUUAUAACACCUACUCAUUUAAAUAGUACCCGACAUUCACUUCAGAUUGCUUCUAGAAUGAUAAUUAAUCAUUUGUUAAAUCAUUUGGGUCAAUUUCCGAUGCUAAUAGGACCUGCAAGGUUAUGUUCCAUGGUAUCUGAACACGAUGACACUUUAAACUCUAUUUCUGAACAACUAACGAUUGACAUAUUUACUGUCCCCAGUAUACAGUUAUUUAUGUCUAUUACUAAUAUGUUGGUCAUGUCUAUAAUUGAACUACCUGCAUUAGAAGUACCAGGCGGAGGAAUAACAGCAGGUCUAAGAACAGGUUUAAAUCAAGUGCGAGUUAUACAACGUGAUUUAGUUGGAAAAUCAUGCUGGGAUAUUUCACCUCUGUAUUGUAGUCCUAACUAUGAACAUAAAAAUGAUGAUAAUUUGUUUAUUACCAAUUCUGUCCAAGAAACAAAUGAAACUGAAGAAUCAAUUGUUGUAACAUACAGUACAAACUGUCAAACUCAACAUACAAUACGUCAUCGAGCUCCUGAUGUUUUACCAACUUUUGAAAAUUCUGCAGAUGAUCUUGAUAAUCUUGACGAUUUACUCCAGUACGUUGGUUAUACGAGUUCCGAAUGUUUAGAAGACAUGGAAAUUUUGCUGAACAACCCUGCUGUAAAGUCUCCUAUGACUUCACAAUUAGAACAGGAUAUUAUGAGUACAAUUUUAGGACAACGGUUCAUGGACAACAGUUAUACAGAAAAAUUGAGUACUGUACAUUAUAAUCAUAUGGAGAAACGACCUCAAUGUAGUGUACAUAAGUCUCCAUUUCAAAAUGGCCGUGCCCUGUUUUCGGAAUUAGGUUUUACCAGCUGGGACCAACGACGUCAAAUCUACCAGCUUGAACGUAAUGAAAAGGUCCUAAGAGAACUUCGCGUCCUCGAUGCCCAGUGUUGUAGAGAUACUCAUAAGAUUGCAAUCAUAUACGUGGCUGAAGGCCAAGAAGAUAAGGUAUCGAUCAUAUCAAACUCUGGUGGCAGUCAAGCGUACGAAGAUUUUAUUUCAGCACUUGCUUGGGAGGUGGAACUGGAAACUCAUAACGGUUUUAUGGGUGGACUGCAGCGAAACAAAAACGCCGGUACGACAACGCCUUAUUAUUCGACGUCGUUCACCGAAGUUGUAUUUCAUGUAGCAACUCGAAUGCCGACAACAACCACGCAAGAAGCAUAUAUACAAAAAGCCAGACAUUUAGGAAAUGACGAAGUGCAUAUCGUGUGGUCAGAACAUUUCAAAGAUUAUAGACGUGGAAUCAUCCCUACGGAGUUCUGCGACGUUUUAAUUAUUAUAUACCCUCUACCAAACAAUUUGUUCAGAAUUCAAGUCUCUAGAAAACCAGAAGUACCAUAUUUUGGGCCACUUUACAACGAGGUCAUCGUUCAAAAAUCAAUAUUAGCCAAUGUCGUGCGUUGCGCGGCAAUAAAUGCAUCAUGUGCCAAACGUAGCAUGAUACCUUUCUACCAACAAUAUUACGAAGAGAGAUGGCGGUCGUUAGAUAUGGUCAUGAAAAAUUACAAACACUCCAGCACCUUUGAAGAGUUUAUAUCGAAUGUAUAUUCACCCGUCCAAACCAUGUCUCCAUUCCAACAACAGCCUUAUCUAAGAAGCAAUUCAGAAAAAUACAAGUCUGACGAUUACGUAUUGUCCGGUUCGUCUUCAUCCAAUUUAGCUGCGGCACUCAUAGACUCGUCUCACCGGAAUAGGAACUCUAAAGGGCUGUCAAUAGAUUGGUCUAAGAAGAACGGGACUGAUGUGGAUGUAUUAAUAUCAGCGGGGAUAUCGCCUAGGCCCCACAAGAAAUUAACUUCUCAUCAAAAUUUUAUGCGAUAGCGUUUUCGAAAUGAAUGUUGAAGCGGAAAUGCAAACCGUCCGCCUGCAGUGAAGAAACUACACCAACAUCGCCUGCACGUCUGCCGUCCAUACACAAUACAUAUAUAAUAGUACCUAUAUAAAAUAUAUGCCAUAUAAGUGUCGUCUGUUCAAUCUGUCGCCACCAGGAACGAGAGAGAUCGCCGACGACCGGAACUCUUCCGCGGCCCAGCCGAUGACGCCUUACUUCCGGGGGGGGUGAUCGUUGUAUCUCUUCGGCGCGCGCUUUGGCGACAUUCGUCGAAUCGCGCGUGUAAAGAGUGUAGUACCACAAAGACGACGACCGAGCGGAAGACGAUCGACCGGAAUACGCCGUGCGUUAAUUACGUUAAGUACAAAAUAUUCCAAAAAUGAAAAAAAAAACACAAUUUCCUCGUCCUACGUUUCUUUAUUCAUUUACGACGUUAUUUUCACACCACACAUUAGUUACUAUUUUCUUUUUCAUUUUUUGUUAGUUUUUUUGUUUACUUUCGAUUACAUAACCGUGGUUUUAAUGAUUAUUAUUUGAACUGUUUUUCUAUCGUUUCUAUGAUUAUCAUUACUGUAAUUAUUAUUAUUUCUACCGAUCCGUCCCGUAUGUACUUAAACCGUUGUUUUAUUUAUCUAUACUCCGAAACCUAGACUGACUUGUUCUAUUCCGCGUUUGAUAUGCGCGCCCCCGUCAACCAUAUAAUAUUAUUAUUAUACUAAAACGUACCAUAUCAUUGUAUAAUAUUAUAAUAUGUAUUUGAAUGCGUGUUAUAUAAUAGUGCGACACGACAAUGACAUAAUAAUAUGUACAUAUAAUACUCAUUAACGUCAGAUGCGUUUUGUUUGCUCGACGCGUGUCGCGUGUGCAUGUUACCUGCAAUUACGCGACGACAUUUCUACGAUGACAAAAAAUUGUAAUAAUUUUAACACCUGUCCAUGGACCGACGGUCUCACCCAGAGGCGUAUUUACAAUUUUGGCGCCCUUUUUUCUCCCUAAAAAAAAGGUCAUCAGAUAAUAAGCUUAGCCCGAUAAUAUCUUAUUAUUUUAAUAUUUCGGAGAGGGGGGGGGGUAGAGAGAAGGAUUUUUAUUGUAACUUUAAAAAAAUUUAAUUACUAGCUCAGCGCCUCUUUAAGAUACUUACUAUUUGGCGGCAUUGCCCCCCUAAAUACACCACUGGUCCCACCUUAAUCACGCGCGUGGCGUACACCACUCUCUAUGUUGCCUAUAAUAUUAUAAUAUACGAUCAUCGUCACACUCCUCUAAACGCAUAACCUAGAUAUUAAAUAUUAUAUAAUUUUAAACGGUUUAUUAUUACGGCAUUCACCGAUUAUUAUAUUAUUGUAUUGCGACCGAAUCGGUUUUCAUGUACGUAUAACCAUUGAUUAUAGAAUAUACUAUAGUACUAUUAUAGUAUAUAUUCUGGUAUAAUGGUAUAACGCACAUCUUUAACGCGACACGAUAAAAAUUAGUAUUAGGCAUGUUUUUUUAUCCUCGACAAACCUCGCGGCGGUCUAAUAAUAAAAUUGUUUUUCUCCGUUAGCACCGCGACGACGUGCGCCAUUUCAUCGUGUUUCGCAUAUCGAAAUAAAUAAUAAUAAUUAUCACAAUCGUUAAUUUAAUAAUUACGCGACAAUACGUGCGCAACACUGUACGCGUUAUUUUUAUAAUUAUUAUUAUUAAUCGAACGAUAUGAUAUUUUCAUUAGUAUAAUAAUAUUAAUAUGUAUGACGGGUGCGAUGCGUGUCCGCAUAUGAUUAUAACGUAACAGUAUAACAAUGUCCUCGCUGCUUUUUUGUCCCGUUUUUUCUUUUUUUUUUUUUUUUGUGUGUGUUUUUUAAUCGCUACUACGCGAUAUCGUGUAUUACUUCUGCCGUCAUUACUACACUGUAUAGGUAUUAAAAUAUGAUAUUGUUUGUUAUUUUUUUUUUUUUUUAAUUCACGUUUUUUUUUUUAUCGCGAUCUCGUAUACUCACGUUUGUUUAACUUAAGUCGAUUAAUUCAAUGGAUACAAUCACACCAGCUACCACUGUUGUGACGCAUUAAAGCCAACGGGUACGAUGAUAAUAUGAUUAUUGUUCUUAUAUAACACGGCCGCGUUUGAUCGUAUUAUUAUUAUUCUGUAUGUAUAUUAAAUAAAAUGUGCACUAAAAUACUUUCAUCGUCUUGUACAACAUUAAAACAUGUUAUAAUUCAUUACGUUUAGGUACUUUUUAACACGUUUUAUACUCUAUUCAUAUAUAUAUUUAUUAUAUGUAUUUUAAUAUUUGAAC